AACAAAUCCAUCUCGUUCUCUCUCCCAACAAAGAGUUUGUGACUUCGAUAACUCUUCCUAGUCUCGUUGGUCUCUCUGUGGGUUAGGCUCCGUUUGACAAACCCACUCAGGUUUCGUUGCCUCCUGUAGAACAAAUUCUUCACUUUGACUCGCUUUGACACAGCUACAGAGGUUGUAGGUAACGUCUGGGGAUCUGAGUUGUAUCUUACUGUGACCAAGUUUCACUUGCUGUUAGAGAUACGUUUCGGACGAUGCUUGUGAAGAGAAAAGCUGGUCAUGGUCAUGGUCAUACUACUAGUGCUAAGAGAGUUGUGAAUUCCCAAAUUGGUAAGCGUCAGAAAAGCCAAGCCUCGUCAAGCAAGAGUGUUUCUCCUCCUGAUAUACUGACAGGAUUAGUUGACAUAGCUGUGGAAGCUGACAGACAGGAUUUGUUGUUAAACAAAGCCCAAAUGUGCAUUGGUCGGUUCUUUUAUGAACACUGUGUCGACCUUUCAGCUGUGGAUUCCCCAUGUUUCAAAGAAAUGAUGAUGGCUGUUGGUGGUGGUGAGAUGGAGCCAAAGAUCCCUGAUUCUCGUGAUUUAAACGGCUGGAUGCUUCAAGAAGCUUUGAAAGAAGCGAAAGAUUAUGUGAAGAGGAGUAAAGAUUCCUGGGAGAUCACUGGGUGCAGCAUCUUGUUGGAUGCUUGGAUUGACCAGAAAGGCCGCGAUCUGGUUUCUUUUGUUGCUGACUGUCCAGCGGGUCCAAUCUAUCUGAAGUCCUUUGAUGUUUCGGAUAUUAAAGACAAUGUCACUGCCUUGCUAUCGCUAGUCAAUGGGCUCUUGGAGGAUGUUGGAGUGCGUAACGUCACUCAAAUUAUUGCAUGUUCGACCUCUGGUUGGGUUGGUGAAUUAGGCAAGCUUUAUGAAGAUCACGACAGGGAAGUUUUCUGGUCUGCGAGUCUGUCCCAUUGUAUCGAACUUAUGCUGGUGAAUAUUGUGAAAACGCAUUCCUUUGGAAGCAUACUUGACAAGGUCAAUAGCAUUUGGGAGUUCAUCAACAACAACAAAUUUUGCAGAGAUCACAGUCAUGGAAUAGUCACAACUGUUUCCUCCUCCUCCUCUGAGUUUGAGUUUGUUAAGCCGUAUCUAACUCUAGAGAAUAUCUUCAAGGCGAAGGAAAUCUUGGCAGCAAUGUUUGCUUCAUUUGAUUGGAAGAAAGAAGAAGGGGGCACAGCUAUAUUCAAUUUGAUGAAUGAUUCCUCUUUUUGGGAAAAUGUUGAAAGAGUUUGGAAAUGUACAUCUUCUCUGAUUCAUGGUCUUCUGCUCUUAUUUUCAUCUGCUGACAGUCUGCAUGUUGGAUAUAUCUAUGACACUAUUGAUGGUAUAAAGGAGAAUAUCGCGAGGGAAUUCAAUCACGAGGAAAAAUGUUAUCGGCCGUUAUGGUAUGUGAUAGAGGAAGUCUGGAACUAUCGACUUCACAAUCCUCUUCAUGCUACUGGUUACUUUCUGAAUCCGGCUUCUUUCUACUCAACUGAGUUACGUAUUGAUCCAGAAGAUUCCAUCGGUCUUACCCACUCUGUGGUUCAAGUGGCAAAAGAAGGUCACAGUAAAAUUGUCACACAGCUUCAUAAGUACAGACUCCGCAAAGAUUGCUUUAACGAGGCCAGUCGAGCUGAUGAGAUCUUUGGAAAAACUCCAACUGAGUGGUGGGCUCAAACGGCGAGCCAGUAUCCAGAACUUCAGAGUUUUGCAAUCAAAAUUCUGAGCCAGACAUGUGAAGGUGCUUCAAGGUACAAACUGAAGAGAGGCUUAGCAGAGAAGCUGUUGCUCACUGAAGGAAUGAGCCAUUGUGAACGAAAACAUCUGGAAGACUUGGCGUUUGUUCAUUACAAUCUUCAUCUACAAAGCUGCAAAGCCAAACUUAAGUGAAAAGCAGUAAAGAUAUUGUCAUGCACAUAUUUAUAUGGAAUGACCCGUUCAGCUUUUGUCUCUGCGCAGAUUCAGUUUGUAAUUUUUAUAUAUUUAUCAAGGCUCAUCUUUAGAACCAUUACUGGUAAA